AUGCCCAGCCGCGUGGAAGCCACGGAGCUCUCCGAGCUUGUCUCAAUCUUAUCAUCGUCAUCUCAUCAAUACCGCGACUUUCUAUCGAAGCGCGGCUUCUCAGAGCCGUCUCUUGGAACAGAGACACCAAACGUGGAGCUCAACUCAGCCAAUGCCGCCUACUUUUCUGCCAGGUCCACUCUUGUCGAUGCAGCCGAACAGAUCAUUCGACUCGUGCGUGGACCACGCGACACACUUGUUACUCUGAGCUUCGACCAUUGCGCAUCAGCCACUCUGCAGAUUGCCUUGAAGCACAAAUUCGCCAGUCACAUCCCGUUGGAGGCAGCUGUAGCCAAGCCUGAAGUCACCACAGCAUUGGUCGAACGCAUUCUGCAGCAUGCAUCCUCCUUUGGACUCUUCAGUGCCUUCUCAGAUGGCCGUGUCGGCCACAAUAGCACGUCUGCAUUGCUGGUGACAGAUCCCGACCUUGAGGCUUGGAUGGACCUCAGCGCCACGAUCGCGUAUCCAGCCGGUGCAUCGAUUCCAAAGGCCCUAGCUUCCUAUGGCUACAGCAUGGAAGCCGAUGAAUCUGCCUAUGGUGCCUCGAUCGGCAGGAAGGUCUCACAAUUCCAGCGAUUCCGGGAAGAAGACGGACACCAGCUGCAUGAGAUGUUUGCUCGCGCCAUGCGUGGCAUCUCAGUGGGCGGUGCGUAUGAUGUUCGCCACGCCGUGGACGGUGGGUAUCCUUGGCAUCUUCUGGAGAAGGAAGGCGGCCACUUGAUCGUGGAUGUUGGCGGUGGUCCUGGCCACGUGGCCAUGGCGUUGGCUAAGAAGUAUCCAUCGCUCCGAUUCGAGGUCCAGGAUCUUCCCGAGACUGUGUCCGUCGGUGAGAAGAGCUGCCCGGAGGAGUUGAAGUCACGCAUCAAAUUUCGCCCGCACGAUUUCAUGACAGUUCAGCCCGGACACUCAGUUGGCCAAGGGGAGUCAAUUGCAUAUUUUUGUCGAUUCAUACUCCAUGACUGGAGUGAUAAGUAUGCCCAGAUAAUCCUCCAACAAUUAGCAACAGAUUUGAGGCCACAGGAUCGCAUCAUAAUCAAUGACGUGGUGGUUCCCGAGCCAGGCCAGGAAUCUCGUGAGAGGGAGCGUCGCAUGCAGUAA